AUGCAGUCUCCUAGUCCCAUUUAUCUAUCGCACUGGGUACAUGGCGGCUUUUUGGAUCCUAUUUUACGUCUGCUUCAAUCUGCUGUCGAUGUUGCUGCUGCCAACAGUUCAAACGAACUUACACCCAACUUAUUACCAUCUGUAGACCAAUUGGAAAAAGAUUGGAGCGCCAUGUUGCCUCAAUUUGAAAAGAAAGAGUUUCCAUUCUAUAUACAAGAAGAAAUUAUUCUCAGCUCACGAGCGUUACAGUCUUUGGCUGUUUGUCAAAUUCUCGUGAAAAUUCUGACGAGAUGUGGCAGCCGUCAGAGUGCCGAAGCUGUGAAUAAGAAGAAUAAGUCAGCAUCUUCAAUAAAGGUAAAGCUGUUUGGGAUAGAGCAAAAAAUUUACUUUGUUUGUCCAUGUUUGCUUUUCAAAAUGUUUAGAACGAUUUUGUGGUUCACUGCGAAGCCUUGCAAGCCUCUAUACGCAGAGGUGCUUCUAGAUUACAUGCACAUCUGAAU